ACUGUGACAGACAGACGUGUCAAUGCUGAGCACUUUGACACUAUCCGUACGUUCGAUUAUGGAAUCAGAGGUACCGAUAAGGUGGAAGCACUACCGGAGACGGAUGGGAUUGGCUUACUAGUGAAGGAGAAUCAGCCGACCUACGAUUUAUUCUUUUGGAUUCCUCGGGAGAAGCGAGCAAUUAUGGUCCAAGUGACCGUAUCUUCGAGUCACAAUAUUGCUGGGAAGGGUUUGGAACAGCUGAAGAAAGCUGGCGCGGAGCAUCUUGAUCUUAUUGUGGUAACACCUGAACUGAAGGGGCGUACAAAGAAAGAUACUGUAGAGGUUUAUACAGAGAAGGCCAACAAGGGCAUGCUAGAACACAUUUAUCACCUUACUGUAUUUGAAACAGACAUGGAAAUGAUGGAAUAG